CUCCUUUUGGGAGAGGCGAGAGCGGCUUCUCGCCACGUGACCUCGGCUCGCUCUUUCUACCUAGACAGGAUAUCAGCGUGUGUGCGCGUCUGUUCGCUUUGCUCUCCCAUCCAGUCUCCCUCCGAUUCUGGGCCGCUGGCGGCUUCAGCUCCGCCCACUUGGCUGGGGCUUCGCGCCGGCACAGUUCCCCGCUUCCCGUCUCACGCCGGCUGUAGCGAGACGGGAAGGUCAGCGCGAAAGCAAAUUGGCAAACCGGGGCGAUCGGGCAGGGCGCAAAAGGGCGGGACAGCUGUGUGGCUUCCUAACGGGCUGAUCAUUCAUGCUGGAUCUCGGGCAACAUGACAAGUCUUCUUCUGCGUACAGUUGCUACUAGCUGCUCCAGUCCUCUUUUCAGCAAUGUGCUGUGUCACAAGGUGAAGACUGUGAAGACGCCAUGCCUUCGAGCAUUCCGCAUACACCGGGUGCUAUGGUGCCAGGCGCCUGUCAAACUAGGUAUCCCAUAUAAACAACUGACUGUGGGCGUUCCCAAGGAGAUCUUUCAGAAUGAGAAGAGAGUUGCCUUGUCACCCGCAGGGGUUCAAGCUCUGGUUAAACAAGGGUUUAACGUCGUUGUGGAGUCAACUGCAGGAGAUGCUUCCAAAUUCUCUGAUGACCAUUAUAGAGAGGCAGGGGCACAGAUCCAAGGGAUAAAGGAAGUCUUGGCUUCAGAUUUAGUUGUCAAAGUGAGGGCUCCGAUGUUUAACCCAGCGCUCGGCACGCAUGAGGCAGAUCUGUUUAAGUCAUCUGGUACCCUUAUCAGUUUUAUCUACCCAGCUCAAAACCCAGACCUCCUGAACAAGCUAGCUGAAAGAAAAACUACAGUCUUGGCUAUGGAUCAGGUCCCACGUGUGACUAUUGCUCAAGGAUAUGAUGCUCUCAGCUCCAUGGCCAACAUUGCUGGUUAUAAGGCUGUUGUGUUAGCAGCCAAUCACUUUGGUCGUUUUUUUACGGGUCAGAUCACAGCAGCCGGCAAAGUCCCUCCAGCUAAGGUUCUAAUCAUUGGCGGUGGAGUUGCUGGGUUAGCAUCUGCAGGAGCAGCUAAGUCAAUGGGAGCUGUAGUUCGUGGGUUUGAUACCAGAGCUGCAGCACUGGAACAGUUCAAAUCACUUGGUGCAGAGCCUUUAGAGGUUGACCUAAAAGAAUCUGGGGAAGGCCAGGGAGGCUACGCAAAAGAGAUGUCUAAAGAGUUCAUUGAAGCUGAGAUGAAACUCUUUGCCAAGCAAUGCCAAGAGGUUGACAUUAUUAUCACAACAGCACUCAUUCCUGGUAUAAAAGCUCCAAUCCUCUUUCGGAAAGAUAUGAUUGAACUGAUGAAGGAAGGCUCAGUUGUUGUAGAUCUAGCUGCUGAAGCCGGGGGAAACAUUGAAACUACGAAGCCAGGAGAGCUCUAUAUUCACAAGGGAAUUACACACAUAGGUUACACAGACCUUCCCAGCAGAAUGGCUACCCAAGCCAGCACCUUGUAUUCCAAUAACAUCACCAAGCUCCUAAAGGCCAUUAGCCCGGACAAAGAGAAGUUCUACCUCAACAUAAAGGAUGAAUUUGACUAUGGUACUCUAGACCAUGUUGUAAGAGGAACAGUGGUAAUGAAGGAUGGAAAGGUGAUUUUUCCAGCGCCACCUCCAAAGAAUGUUCCUCAGGCAGCACCCGUGAAGCAAAGGACUGUGGCUGAGCUGGAAGCAGAAAAAGCAGCCACUGUUACACCGUUCAGGAAAACAAUGACAACUGCUUCUGCAUACACAGCAGGACUUGCUACUAUGCUUGGGCUGGGUGUUGCAGCUCCAAAUUCAGCUUUCACCCAGAUAGUGACAACCUUUGGCUUAGCUGGGAUUGUUGGGUACCACACUGUGUGGGGUGUGACUCCUGCGCUCCACUCACCACUCAUGUCUGUGACGAAUGCCAUCUCAGGGCUGACGGCAGUUGGUGGAUUGGCCCUAAUGGGGGGGAAAUACUUCCCUGAAACGAUGCCUCAAAGCCUUGCAGUUCUUGCAGCUUUUGUGUCUUCUGUCAACAUUGCAGGUGGCUUCCUAGUCACCCAGAGGAUGCUGGAUAUGUUCAAGCGUCCUACUGAUCCUCCUGAAUACAAUUACUUGUAUCUGUUGCCUGCUGGCGUCUUUGUAGGGGGAUAUGGAGCAGCUCUUCAAAGCGGGUAUAACAUUGAACAGAUGAUGUACCUGGGAUCAGGCUUGUGCUGUGUUGGUGCUCUGGCUGGCCUCUCUACCCAAGGAACAGCUCGACUUGGCAAUGCUUUGGGCAUGAUAGGCGUUGCUGGGGGUUUGGCAGCUACUCUUGGAGGUCUGAAACCAUCACCUGAACUGCUAGCGCAGAUGUCGGGCGCAAUGGCCCUUGGGGGCACCAUAGGUCUGACAAUUGCUAAACGUAUCCAGAUUUCGGAUUUACCUCAGUUAGUGGCUGCCUUCCACAGCUUGGUUGGCCUGGCUGCUGUUCUCACCUGUGUAGCCGAGUACAUGAUUGAGUAUCCCCACUUUGCAACUGAUCCAGCUGCAAACCUCACCAAGAUUGUGGCUUACCUUGGCACAUAUAUCGGAGGUGUAACCUUCAGUGGCUCUCUUAUUGCUUAUGGAAAGCUGCAGGGUAUCCUGAAUUCUGCCCCACUCCUCUUACCAGGCCGGCACUUAUUGAAUGCCAGUUUGCUAGCUGCAAGCAUUGGAGGGAUGAUCCCCUAUAUGAUUGAUCCUAGUUAUACAACUGGGCUGACCUGUUUAGGGUCUGUGUCCGCUUUGUCUGCUGUUAUGGGUGUCACUUUAACAGCAGCCAUAGGAGGGGCUGACAUGCCAGUUGUUAUUACUGUACUGAACAGCUAUUCUGGCUGGGCACUCUGUGCUGAAGGAUUCCUGCUCAACAACAACUUGCUAACGAUCGUGGGCGCACUAAUUGGUUCUUCUGGUGCUAUCCUGUCUUAUAUCAUGUGUGUGGCCAUGAAUCGCUCUCUUGCUAACGUGAUCCUUGGUGGAUAUGGCACUACUUCAACAGCUGGUGGAAAGCCGAUGGAAAUAACUGGCACUCAUACAGAAGUGAAUGUGGACAAUGCAGUUGACAUGAUAAAGGAAGCCAAUAACAUCAUAAUCACUCCAGGUUAUGGUCUGUGUGCAGCAAAGGCUCAGUAUCCUAUUGCUGACUUAGUGAAAAUGCUGAGUGAACAAGGCAAGAACGUCAGGUUUGGUAUUCAUCCUGUGGCUGGUCGUAUGCCUGGACAACUGAAUGUUCUACUUGCAGAAGCUGGUGUACCAUAUGACAUUGUCCUAGAAAUGGAUGAGAUCAAUGAAGACUUUCCAGAAACUGAUCUGGCCCUUGUCAUUGGAGCUAAUGACACAGUUAAUUCAGCUGCCCAGGAAGAUCCCAACUCUAUCAUUGCUGGAAUGCCAGUUUUAGAAGUUUGGAAAGCAAAGCAGGUCAUUGUAAUGAAGAGAUCUCUAGGUGUUGGCUACGCAGCUGUGGACAAUCCAAUAUUUUACAAGCCCAACACUGCCAUGCUCCUAGGGGAUGCUAAGAAGACUUGCGAUGCCCUGCAGGCCAAAGUGAGGGAGUCCUACCAGAAUUAAAUGCCUCUUGUUAAAAGAGGUAUACUACCCUUUGGCCAGUAUGAACAAAAGAAUCUAAAAAGUGUUACCUACAUCAGAAGUCAAUGGUGGUUCUUGAAACAAAGGUCUAUAGAAAGAAACAUUAAGGUUCAGAAACAAGGUGAAAAUUUAUCUGACAGUAUAUGGGGGUGGGGGACCUGAAGUGAGCUCACUUAGGGGGCCAAAAUGUGGAAUUUUAGAAUUCUUGAAUGCAGUGCAUUUCAGAGGAAUUUUCCCUUGGUAGCUAAAAUGACACUCAGGAAUUUGGAGGAUCUGUCCAUUUAGUUUGACAUGAGAUAUAAAGAAACAUGCAGGGCAGCUGCUAUAAUUUUUUUAAAAUAGGUUCUUUGGCUGCAAUUCUUGUUAUGGGUUCUAAGUGAACACAGAAUUCAGCUAAGUUGUUUUUCCAGAUCUCAGACCUCUAACCAGAUAUCGUACAUUUUGGCUGGCUUUUACUUGUGACAUUUUAAAAUAUUUUUUGUGCUGCUUUUGAAAUGCAUUUUGAUACAUUCUCAACCAACAUGUUUGUAAUGCUGGAAACGGGCAAUUUCUUGUCCAACAUACUUCAAAUGCUGGGGGGAAAAGAUGCAGUUCUAGACCACUGGUAAUACCUUUUUAAUUAUUAAGAAAAAAAUCAUGCGGGUAGCAAAGAAACCCAAUAAGCUUUAGAAAAGAAAAGGUUCUGAUUACUGGUCUUCCUUUUUUAAUUUAAGAUAAUAACUAUUGAAACUACAGUUCAGUGAUAUAUCACUGUUUUUAUGACUUCCAGUCCAGCCUUGAUUAUGUUUAGAGCACUUGAGUGGAAUUCAAAUGUUUGACUAAUAAAAUGAAUUUGUCAUGUUUGCAUAAUGAUGUAGCAACCGUGGUGACAGAGGCAAAAUAAAUAGCUGUAAUUGUGUUAGAAAGCCUUAACAUCUGGGCAAGACAGACUACUAUGAAGUGAGUUAAACUUAGCCCAACUUGACUGUUUAUAAAUCCUGAUUUUUAUCAUUGUGCUUAUUGUGACCUUCUAAUUUAAUAGCAGAUGAAAAUUAUGUCCAUUUAGCUACCUCCUGGUUGUUGUUUUUAUAGUGAGGUUCCCAUAAGUUGAACAUCACUAGAUAGCAGAAGGCUAAAUCCACCUAGGAGCUUCCAGGCCCAGUAAACCAAUCAAAGGGAUUAUUUUGCUCAGCUUCCAUUCAUUUCAGUGGGACUUGCUCAGAAAAUGCACUUGGAUAGAUUGUGCAGCAUGUUUUUAGAAAUCUAUCAUCAUUCCUGGCUCAGCAGAAAGCACCUAAUUAUCAAGAGGCUGUUCUGAUGCAUAAGAAUAUUUGAGCCACAGCAUUAUAAUGCAAAAUGUUGGGGCAGCUGUAUUUUAGUAGGAUCUGUUCGGGACCUUGAUUUCAUUAUACUGGGGCCAUACAUUUCUAAAAAAAACCCUAUACUUAAUGAGGGUCACCACACACAAUAAUACAAACAACAAGAUGAUCCAGAACUCUAUACAAAUGUAUAUUAAAUUCUCAUAGUUGCAGUGCAUCAUGCAAACAAUAAACAACCAUGCCAAUUACUAUGAGAUACCAGUAAGAGUCCGUUUUGACUAGAUUGAGUCUUUAUCAAGUUUGUAUAACAAAGCACUUUAAUUUGUAUUGUUUUCCAUUGUUUGUAUGGUGUUUUAAAUUAUGAGAAUUUAAUAUACAUUUUUAUAAAGCUCUGGGUCUUCUUUUGUGUAUUAUUUCCAUUCAUUUCUAUACAACCUGCACAAUAUGGUCAAGAAAAGGAGUGCUAUCAGAGAUAGUCUUGUAAUGUUUAGUGCUGCCUUAGAGGCUGCAGUGUCCAACCUGUUUAAAAUGUUGUCUUUCUUUUAAUUUGAUGAUAUACAAGCAGCUUGUAAAGAGGACCAGAAGUACCAAUGUUAACAUUUCCAUUGUUUAUAUUAUGGAACAUGAGAGAAUUAUUAAAAAUAAAUAAAGUGAACAAAAUCUGAA